GUAAAAACCUCCAUUAGAGCCAAAACGUAAUCCAGAAGAAAAAAAAAAUGAAGUUUAUUAAUUAUAGGUUUUUGCUGCUCUUGAUAAUUAUAGCUUUUGCCAUAUUUCAAUCAGUUCAAGCUGAUCAAUCUCAAUCAGGAUUUAUAAGCAUGGAUUGUGGAUUAAUCCCUAAGAACACAAACUAUACCGAGAAGACUACGAAUGUAACAUACAUAUCAGACGCGGAUUAUAUCGACAGUGGAGUAAUCAGAAGGAUCAGUGAUUCGUACAAGACAAUGUUACAGCAACAGACUUGGACCUUAAGAAGCUUCCCUGAAGGUGAAAGAAACUGUUACAACUUCAAUCUCAAAGCUAAUCUCAAAUAUCUGAUUAGGGGAACUUUUGUCUAUGGGAAUUACGACGGUUUGAAUCAACUCCCCAAAUUUGAUCUUCAUGUUGGUCCUAAUAAAUGGACUUCUGUUAAAUUCGAAGGAGUGGCAAAUGCUACGAUCUACGAGAUGAUCCAUGUCUUAGCACAAGACCGUCUUCAAGUUUGUCUUGUCCGAACAGAAAAAACGACACCGUUUAUAUCGUCCUUGGAGCUUCGUCUAUUGAACAAUAAUACUUACGUUACUCAAAGUGGGUCGUUGAUGUCUUUCGCCAGAAUUUACUUUCCAAAGACUGCAUCAUUCCUCAGGUAUGAUGAAGACUUGUAUGACCGAGUUUGGGUUCCAUACAGCCAAAAUGAAACGGUGCCAAUAAGCACCGAGCAACUGGUCGAUACAAGUGCCAAUUCCUACAAUGUGCCUCAAAAUGUGGCGAAUUCCGCGAUCAUACCCGCGAAAGCUACUCAUCCUCUCAACAUAUGGUGGGAUCUUCGAAACAUCAAUGCGCAGUCAUAUAUAUACAUGCAUUUCGCAGAAAUCCAGGAUCUUAAAUCUAAUGAGACCAGAGAAUUCAACAUUACUUACAAUGGUGGUGAGGUUUGGGGAAGUAACUUUAGACCUCACAAUCUCAGCAUCACCACAAUGUUUAGUCCAACAGCAUUGAGUUCUUCAGAUGGGUUGUUCAAUUUCACUUUUACAAUGACCCAAAACUCUACUCUUCCUCCACUUAUCAAUGCCCUUGAGGUUUAUACCGUUGUAGAUAAUUUACUCCUCGAGACAUACCAAGAUGAAGUUUCUGCUAUGAUGAACAUCAAGAAAACAUAUGGAUUAAGUAAAAAGAUAAGUUGGCAAGGAGAUCCAUGUUCUCCUAAAAUAUACCGAUGGGAAGGUGUGAAUUGCAGUUAUUUGGACUCUGAUCAACCUCUGAUCACAUCAUUGAACUUGACAACGAGUGGAUUGACCGGUACCAUAACACAUGAUAUAUCUAAUCUCAUACAAUUAAGGGAGCUAGAUCUAUCAAAUAAUGAUUUAUCAGGAGAGAUUCCAGAUUUUCUUGCUGAUAUGCAGAUGUUGACACUAAUAAACUUGAGAGGAAACUCGAAGCUGAAUCUCACAAUUACAGAUUCUAUUCAGCAAAGGAUAACGAACAAAUCUUUAACACUACUUAUAGAUGAAAUCCAGAGUAGCGGAAAACCCGGUGCAAAGUUCAUUUUGGUUACUAUCUUAGAAUCAGUGGCUAGCGUGAUCGCAUUUCUAGUUAUUUUAUCCAUAUACAUGAUCUUUAAAAGGGAAAGACCAAGAGCUCCAGGUAAUGAAAACAGACAUUCGAGUCAAUCAAUCGGAGCAAAGGAGCGGAGGUUUACGUAUUCUGACAUACUAAGGAUGACAAACAACUUUGAGAGAGUUCUUGGUAAAGGAGGAUAUGGAAGAGUGUAUUAUGGAAACUUGGAUGGUACUCGUGUAGCUGUGAAAAUGCUAUUGCAUUCAUCAGCUGAUCAAGAUUAUAGACAUUUCAAAGCAGAGGUUGAACUACUUUUAAGAGUCCACCAUAGAAAUUUGGUUGGACUUGUUGGUUACUGUGAUGAUGGAAAUAACUUGGCUUUGAUUUAUGAAUACAUGGCAAAUGGAGACUUGAAGGAGAAUUUGUCAGGAAACCGCUGUGGGCAUGUACUAACUUGGGAAAACAGAAUUCAAAUAGCUAUGGAGGCAGCACAAGGACUAGAGUAUCUACAUAAUGGAAGUACACCACCUAUGGUCCAUAGAGAUGUGAAACCUACAAACAUUCUGUUGAAUGAGCUGUUUCAAGCGAAACUAGCGGAUUUCGGGCUAUCUAGAUCUUCCCCGGUCGACGGUGAAUCUUAUGAAUCAACAAUCGUUGCAGGAACACCUGGUUACUUAGACCCUGAGUACUAUAGAACAAACUUGCUCAGCGCGAAGACUGAUGUGUACAGUUUUGGGAUAGUUUUAUUAGAAAUAAUCACAAACCAGCCUGUGAUUGAUUCAAACCGGGAGAAAGCACAUAUUACAGAAUGGGUUGGACUAAUGCUCAUGGAAGGAGACAUUAGGAAUAUUAUAGACCCGAAACUGAUGGGAGAAUUCGAUACAAACGGUGUGUGGAAGGCUGUGGAGUUGGCUUUGGCUUGUGUAAACCCUACCUCAACCCGUAGACCAACAAUGACACAUGUCGUGAUGGAGCUAAACGAGUGUCUGAACUAUGAAACUGCAAGGAAACAAGGGAGUCAAGAGAUGUAUUCAAAAGAUUCUAUUGAAUUAAUAAGCUUAUCUCCAACUUCUAGAUUCUCACCUGGACCAAGGUGAAUUAAGAGUAUUUCAUGUCUCAUGAACCUUAAUGACAUUGUUUGAGUAACCCAUCGAAAUAUUAUGUUUUUCUCGAAUUGAAAGUACAUUCUUUGUGAAAUCUAGCAAGUGGAUUUUCUGUUAAA